AUGCCUGAAAAUAAUAGCACCGUUGCUGGAUCACGUUCGACACUUUAUUCGGAAGCUCUGUUGUUAUCGUGUGUAUUAAGUGGGUCAAUUUUUGGAGGUUACGUAGCUUUCAAUCGGUAUCUUAAACAAUAUAAAUCGGCAACCGAGAUUCCAGCAAGAGUGUUCAGGAAGAAGUGGCUUCGUGGUAGAGUUACAUUGGUAGGAGACGGUGACAAUUUUCAUUUCUUUCACACACCUGGAAGAAUUUUGGGCGGAUGGUAUUGGCUCAGGAAAGUACCACGAUUGGAAGUGAUCAAGUCUGAGGAGAAUCAAGCGUUUUUUGUCAAGCAAAUUGUUCAAAAAAUAUGGCGAAAAGAUGGGGGUCGUAACAUGUAUCUAAAUCUUCAAUCAUCUUUUAAGGGGAAGCGUAAUCUUCCAACAAUUGCAGUUCGAUUAUGCGGCGUCGAUGCGCCCGAAAGAGCCCAUUUUGGAAAUGCGGCCCAGCCUUAUAGCGAAGAAGCUUUAAAUUGGCUACGUUUUACACUUUUAGGUCGGUCGGUACGAAUAAAACCUCUAUCUAUCGAUCAAUAUGGAAGAUGUGUUGCGAAAGUCAAUUAUUGGACAUGGUUCGGACCAAAGAAUGUUAGUCUUGAAAUGAUCAAAAGAGGACUUGGAAUAGUUUAUGAGGGGAAGACAUGCCGAGAGUUUGACGGAGAGGAGGAUUUAUAUAAAUAUCAUGAAGCUGCGGCUAAAAAACACAAAAGAGGUGUGUGGAGCUUGAAGAAAUUCGAAACACCAGGCGAUUAUAAAAAGAGAAUCAACUGA